AUGAUUCGACCUGACAACUGCUCGGAGGCACCCCACGGCACCCCGUUCUAUAAUGAUGGCUACGCAAACUUGACCAUCCAGCUGAUCAUCCAGUUUUAUCGACCGUUCAAGCCUGUCCACGUGCGAGACGAGUCGCGAAGGGCCUCAGUUCCUACCAUCGCAGCUUAUCGUUCGCAGAUGCAUGAUGACCAAUUCUUGUUGGAUCAGGUCGCAUCUGCUGAACUGCCCAAGUCACUCAUCAACGUUCGUACCAUUGAUGACUCUCUCAAUCACGAGGCUGACUACGUCUUUAUCGAUCUCACUCGAACUGUCAAACACGGGUGCCUCAAGAACGCCCAGCGAAUCAAUGUGCCAGCCUCUCGCGCACAGUCGGCUCUUUUUUCAUCGGUGUCUUCAUGGGGCUGUCUCUCGACAACGUUGAUGAUUCGACCCGACAACGCUGAAGAGAUGAAGACCGGGAACAGUUUCGCAAACCCCGCCAACGCCAACUUCGCAAUGCAGCUCGUCGUCCAGCUCCAUCGAGAUGCAGCUCUUGUCGACGCUCGUGACUUCUCCAAGCGCGCGUCUGUUCUCAUCCCGACUCCAUACAAAGGGCAGAAACACCUAUAUGAUAUCUUGCUGCGACAAUUGACCAAGGCCGAAGUUCCUCAGGAUCUGGCUGAAGUCCGAACUGUUGACGACUCACCCAGCCAUGAAGCGGACUUCGUCAUCCUCGACUAA